AACGGGACGAAUAUCUCCGAAUGCUCCAGUUAUGUCUACCUAGGUCGGGAAAUCAAUAUGAUGAACGCCUUAGCUCCAGAGCUAAAUAUCCAGUGCGAUCGACAUCAUACUGGAUCUGCUUGUGAAUGGCCAGUGUGCGUUCAUGGAUACGUGGAUCCACUCCGACGAGUUUGCUCGUGCUUUAAUUAUUUUGCUCCUCCUUUCUGUGAAUUCUGCCUUCCUGGAUUCUGGGGAGAAGCAUGUGACCGCAAAAUACUGCUAUCUUUGGGAGAUCCACGUCUGCCCGCAUUCUUCGCCCACGUGAUUGUUUACUCGAUCGUCGUCAUCUUCAUGCUCUCUGCGUAUUAUGCAUGGAACUCGUAA